CAACAUGGUGUCUCCCGGAAGUUGUCUUAGCCAACGCGCUUGCUUGCCCCGGAAAUGUAAGGUCCCAGGGCACGAGCCGCAGUCUUUGGAGGACGCAGUGUCCUGAAGCCGGGACCGAAGGCGCCGCGAGCAUGGGCCGCGAGUUCGGGAACCUGAUCCGGGUGAGGCACAUCAUCUCUUACAGCCUGUCCCCGUUCGAGCAGAGAGCCUUCGCCGACUACUUCACCAGGAGCAUCUCGAACAUGUUGCGCAGGACGCAGGGCAGCAUUUUGCGGGUCGUCCCCCCAUUUAUAGCCUUUUACUUCCUCUAUACCUGGGGAAACCAGGAGUUUGAGAACUCAAAGAGAAAGAAGCCGAUGGACUUUGAAGAAAACAAAUAAGAAACAAAGAGAGAAGUGCAACAGUCUUGGUUCCCUGGUGCUCAGCUCUGUGACUUGGGGCACCGGUAGAAGAAGAGUGUAUAAAGAUAUCUUGGAGAUAGAAUAAACUUCACAUUUCACAAACUGUAA